AUGCCGACUCAAGCAAGCCCCUUACCUCAGUGCUUCGAAGAAUCAGAGGAGAAGAAAAGGCAGAAUGACAAAAAACGCUACCAGUGUCAUUUUUGCGCUCCACAUGCAGGAGAAGAUCGCCAGUGGAUUGAGCGCAGAAGCAUCAGUCAGCAUAUGAAGAGUCAGAGCCAUGCACAGAAUGCAGACCUUUAUCAGCUGCGAGAACAGGAAGCGGCAGCCUUUCAACGCAGGCUUGCCGAUGAAGAGAUGGCACUGCGAGGUGAAGCCACACCGAUGGAGCCACGACUGCAUGAGGUGUUACUGCCAAGCAUCCAACCCACACUAUCGAGAGUCCCCGGUCCCGUUGAAGUCCAGAUGUGGGAUGAAUUUGAACUGAACCAAACUAAUUUUGACUGCGGCACAGACACUACAUUCGGAGAACGUCAGUGGUUGGAGAAAGCGAUCGAGAACCUUGCACUAUGGGCUGCUGAUGAGGUGGAAGAGCAAGCCGUAGAUGAGGAGUUGGAGGUCACCAUGCAGUGGAAACAAGCCCUACGGGAGGAUGAAGAAUUAGCUGAAAUAAUGGAGCAGGCAGCCUGUACAGGACUGGAGAACCACGCAGAAGACAAUGCAGAGUAUUCAUUUGCAGAGCGGGAGGAUGACAUAUUGGCUGAUUGGUUCCCGUACCCUAACAAAAUGAUGAUGUUGCUUGACACAUUGGACAACCUUCCACGAAUUGCGGUAUCAGAUUCAUUGAUGCGAGUCUUUCUAUGGAUUUUGCGUGAGACGGGGGCUCAUAACGUUCCCUCUCUUGAUCGUCUACGCAAGCUGCAAAAAAAGUUGCAUCAAGAAUGCGGGAUUCCGACAAAGUUAUACCAGUCACCAAAAAAGAAUGUCUUCUAUUACAAUGAUCCAAGAUCCAUUAUUGUGAAGGAUUGGUCGACACCUUCUGUUCGCAAAGAAAUUCGCCAUUAUCCAGUUAUUCCCAUUGGUCCAAUAUCAGAGAUUUGGCACGCACAAAAAUGGCACAAGGAGCUCGAUGUGUCUAUACUCAGUCCCAUGUAUGAUGCCGGUGAUGGUCGGCAUUAUUAUGUUCAAGAAUUGGCGCAGCUAAAAAAUGGUGGGCUGGUCAUACCUGUGAGGUGGUUGGAAAUGGAGAAAACACGUGAGGUGUAUGCGGAUGCCCAUCACGUCGAGAUAGAAGCGACUGGUAACAUGAUCGUGAACUCGGCACAAACAAUUCUAAUCAAGGGAACUGACUUACAAGUGAACUUUCUUGACUUGCAGGAAACGGGAAUGAUUCCUCACCUUCAAGACAAGGCACGAAAUGAAUGUAAAUUUGAAAUGCCUAAUUCUCUUCGUGCCAUGGCAGAUGGCGAUCCCCUGUACUCGAGUUUUGUGGAUUAUUGGUCAGAUGACGUAUCCGGAAAUCGAUCGAAGGCUUACAACAAGCACUGGAAUUGUUGUAUAACACACCGCAACCUGCCUCGUCGUUUGCUCCAGCAGGAAUGCCACAUCCAUUUAAUCUCAACCUCGCAGUAUGCCACAGCUCCGAAGCAGUUCAAAGCAUUUAAGGAAGUUGCAGAAAGCACGCACCGAGAUCCUGUGCCGGUUCGUGAUGCCGAAACUGGUGACAACAUCACAUUCCAAAUUUUUGUCAACACUGGUCCAGGUGACAAUCCGUCCCAGAUCGGCGGGACUGACAAGGAGAAGGAAUCAAACACAGGCUAUGAUGCGCUCUUCCAGACCGGGGAAGCUUGCUCGAGCACUGAGACUUUGCGCGAGGUGCAGCGACAAUUAGAUGCUGCCUGUACUGGAGUCGCAGCGCAUGUCGAGAAGAUGCAGACCAAUACAGGCAUACACACAGUACUGGAUUGA